CGUAGCCCUCACGUGAAUGCGAGCUGACGUAUGCAGGCGUCCUCUUAAUCCCGAUCUUCCUUUGGUCAAGUUACCGGCUCCCUAUUUUUACCCAGAGAUCUCGUGAGCUUGUGCUGGAAGGUAGGAAAAGGAGGAAGUGAAUGCUUGGAUCCUAGGAGCGCGCUGUACCAUUCCAGCAAAGCUGAAUCUACGACGAAUCUCGGCAGGCUCCUGUCUUGGCUGUGUCCCUUUCUCUGUGGAUCUUGGCCCUGAAGACCUGCACAAACUUCAGAACCAGAAAGCAAGAAAAGUUGUCCACAACCAAGUAGGUCAGGGUCUGCAGAAUAAAUUGCAGCUGGAGGCUGCAAAGAGAAGGAAGAAACUUCUUGGAUCUCUUCAGGUGUAUUUGAGUUCUUCAUUGCCCUAGGACAUCUUCAAAGACAGAGAUUGCCAUGUGUCUGUGACUGCAGCAGUCUGCCAGCAGCUGAAGACUUCACUCCUUACGCAGGAGCAUUCUGGGCAGGAGCAAGAGAUUCCCUCCAGCUAUAUCAUGGGCCGCACUAGGGAGGCUGGCUGUGUAGCCGCUGGAAUGGUCAUUGGGGCUGGAGCCUGCUACUGUGUAUACAGACUGACCUGGGGAAAAGAUGAGAAUGAGAAAAUUUGGGAUGAUGAGGAACUGUCUAGUGAUACAUCAGAAAUUGAGGUUGAGCCUGAGAAAGGAGCCAAGACUAAUGUUGAGGUGGGGGCCCAAGCCAAACCUCAGAGUGACAUUAAGGCCAAUGCUGAGGUGAGAUUGGGACUCGAGAGUGGUCCAGGUGUAAGGAAGGAGGCCCAUUGUGAAUCUCAGAGUGGAGGUGGCCUUGAAGCUAAGGCCAAGGCCCUUUUCAACAUCUUGAAGGAACAGGCAAGUGCGAAAAUGGGCAAAGGGCCCAGGGUUGGUAACAUUUCUGGGAAUAGGACCCUUGCAUCAAGUUUGCCUUGCCCAGGAGGUAGAGGUGGAGGCUGCCACCCCACAAAGAGGGCUGGGAGCAUGACAAAUGGAAAAUCCAAGGGAAAAGCUCGAAGUAAGAGCACUAGGGCUCCACCUACGGCGUGGACUGUCCGCAGGGGCAAAUUCAACUUUCCCUAUAAAAUUGAUGACAUUCUAAGUACUCCUGAUCUUCAAAAGGUCCUUAACAUCCUGGAGAGAACAAAUGAUCCUUUUAUUCAAGAAGUAGCUUUGGUCACUCUGGGUAACAAUGCAGCAUAUUCAUUUAACCAAAAUGCCAUACGUGAGUUGGGUGGUGUCCCAGUUAUUGCAAAACUGAUAAAAACCAAAGACCCCAUUAUUAGAGAAAAGACGUAUAAUGCCCUUAAUAACUUGAGUGUGAAUGCUGAAAAUCAGGGCAAGAUUAAGACAUAUAUCAGUCAAGUGUGUGAUGAUACCAUGAUCUGUCGCUUGGACUCAGCUGUGCAGAUGGCUGGGCUAAGACUGUUAACCAACAUGACUGUGACCAAUCAUUAUCAACAUUUGCUUUCCUAUUCUUUUCCAGAUUUUUUUGCUUUAUUAUUCCUGGGAAAUCACUUCACCAAGAUACAGAUUAUGAAACUAAUUAUAAACUUUACUGAAAACCCAGCCAUGACAAGAAAGUUGGUCAGUUGUAAAGUACCAUCAGAGUUGAUUUCCCUCUUUAAUAAAGAAUGGGAUAGAGAGAUUCUUCUUAAUAUCCUUACCCUUUUUGAGAAUAUAAAUGACAAUAUAAAAACUGAAGGGCUUGCAUCAUCCAGGAAAGAAUUCAGCAGAAGUUCACUUUUUUUCCUAUUUAAAGAAUCUGGAGUAUGUGUUAAGAAAAUCAGAGCAUUAGCAAGUCAUCAUGAUCUGGUGGUGAAAGUAAAAGUCCUGAAAGUACUAACCAAGCUCUAAUUUCUGUCCCUAACAACACUGAUGUAGAUUUGUAGUUCCCACCUGGGAACAAUGUGUUUUUAAAAUUUUUUGUUUGCACUGUGCUUAUGUGGCAAAGAAAUUCUUCCAGCUGCUAUUUUGCAAUAUUAACAUUAUAGUUUAUUAGUAGUUAUUGAUGUUGGGUUCAGACUGGGCCAUUUUAAGGAUACCAGGUGAAUACUAGAGCUUGUACAAAAAUUUAUUGAUUUUAUCUUGCUCCCUAGGUUGAGAUUUUUUUUUAUUUUACAUACAAUGACAGUGAAGUAAUUUACAGUAUGAAAAAGAUACACUCUUUUGUACUUUAUAUUUGUUAGUCUAAGACUCCUGUUUUAUCAAUAAAGUUCUGUAUUUUGAGCAG